GUUCAGCAUGGAGACACGUAUUAGUGACAUAAUAACAUGUAAAAUCUGUUUUAAGGUUUUCAAAAACCCUAAAACCCUACCAUGCUUACACACAUACUGUCACAAAUGCUUGGACAAACUGAAAGCAGACGAAAAUGAAGAAACAACGAGCAAGAUAAAAUGCCACGAGUGCGAGAAAACACAUGUGAUCAUGGAUAUAGAUGAACUUCGUGAGAGCAUUCUCAUAAAGACUCUAGUUGAGAUAUCUCAGGUAACAUCCUUGGAGUCUACACCGACAUGUAAGACUUGCGAGGUGAAACAUGGCAAAGAUGUGGAAGCUGUCAUAAGGUGUUUUGACUGUAAGAAGAAUCUAUGUGCCGAGUGUCAGAAUUAUCACGAUGAGUUUGCACAGGGACAUGCCACAAUGUCUCUCAGAGGUGAUACAACGAAAGACAUUCUUGAAAGAAGCCUAGAAAGAAUAAAAGAUCAGACAAUCCUCUGCCCAAAGCAUGGUAUUCCUGUAAAUGUAUACUGUGAUAUGGAUGACUGUGUAGUUUGUGCAAUAUGUUAUGUCAGUGAUCAUUCUGGACAUGUAUGUAAAGACAUAAAUAAAGUAGCAGACGAUAAUGUUAAAAAUAUUGAAAUACUUCUGACACAAGGAAAUGCACGUGUAGAUGACUAUGAAAAUGCCAUUCGGGAUACUGUUGAAUAUAAAGACAAGAUCCUCAAAGAGACGAAUGAGGCUGUGGCUGAGCUGAAUGAGGACAUGAAACAACUCAUUCAGUCCAUUAAAGAUCAAUACACACAAUUGAUACAGAAUGUGAAGACAAAAGGGAGUGAUUGUGAAGAACAAACAAAGACACAUUUGGAUCAUCUUCAACAGCAAAAAAAACUCAUUGAAAACACAAUCAGUAAUCUGAACAUCAUUAAGAAAUACACGCAUCAAACAGAAUUAGCAACAAUGACAACUGAAAUUGAUUCAAAACUGAAAGAGUGGCAAAGUGACACUAAUCUCAAAUAUGACCAAAAAAUCGAAAUCGUAAUUGUCAAAAGUCAGACAAUGGAUGAUGGGAUCCUGUAUGCUACAGCUGAAGUCUGUAAACCUUCAACAAAUACAGCCAAGUCAACCAUAAGCAUUCAUAAGGGAAAAACAACAGAGUUCAAGCUUAAAAUUAAGAAGCGCAUUGAAGACAUUGUUGCUCUCACAAAAUAUGAUAUCUUCACUAUCCAAGCUGGUGCUGCCCACAUAUAUACCAAGUUUAAGCUCAUCAAGAGCUUUGGUACAGGCUUAAGAAGAAUAGCCAUAAUAAGGGACCAUACGCUUGUCUUUACCAGUAGUAACUCCAACACUGUUCACUUCUUUACCAAAGAUGGGACUCAUCUCAAAGACAUGGAAUUUCCAACAUUGAAACAAUUGUGGGGAAUUCAAGCGACAUCCAAAAAUGAACUUCUACUUGGAGACUGUGCGACAAACACACUGAACUUCAUUGAUAUGGCAACUGGAGCAACUGUUAACAUCAUUGACCUCAACAUGCAGCCAUUUUACCUAGCCAUCAGCAAUAAUGAAGAGAUUUUAGUAUCUGAUAUGAACUCCCACAGUGUUGAAGUUAUUGCUAGAUCUGGGAAUGUUUUGAGAGCAACGAAAAUUGGUGAAUAUGGAAGAGGGCCACGUCAGUAUUACUUCCCACAUGGUAUAUGUAUAGACAGGGCAGAUAAUUGGUUCAUAGCUGACUCCUUCAACAAUAGGGUACACAUUUGGACACCAGAGAACCAUUUCUAUAAUGUUGAUGGCUUAAAACACCCUGUGUCUGUUACAAUAGGGAAGGACAGUGAUCUUAUUGUUGGUGAUAAUUUUGGUAACAUUCACAAAGUUCAAUAUAUGCAGCUAGAAUAAGGAUCUACCUGUUGGUUAAAAACUUCAAACUUACCUGAUUAUGCAGAGAUGUACUCUGAGGUGUUAUUUGCACCCAUGGUGGCCUUGACCUUGGAGUGGUUGAACUUGACCCUUGGGCAGUUGACCUUGAGGCUGGAGUGGCUGGCCUUGACCCCUGGGUGAUGAGGUUUGAGUUUCCGUCAAAAACUGUCUGAUGCAAUUUGUUCUGCAGCUUUUCAACAAAUGCUGGAAUAUCCUAUGAAAGAAAAAGAAAUUGUCAAGAAAUAAUGCAAAAUAUAAUAAUUAUUUCAAUUAAUUACAGUAUUUUAGCCAAUUUUAUAUCUUAUAAAUCCAUGUAUCCAUAUCUUUAUUUUCGUCUAUAACAACAGAAUGAAUUCAUGAAUAAAUAAAAUAAGUCAAGAAUAUUAAUAUUUGGUACCUUUAAUGCAUCUUUUAAUUUAUUCAAGGCAUUUUUGAGAUGUCCACCUCGUGGGUUCCGAGUAAAUGAAGAGGGAUCCGUAAUACUGACAGUUGGCACUCUACUCUUCGAAUCUUUUCUCAUUUGUAGGUUGCUAGCAGCAACGACACUGUGAUUGGUCAGAAUCUCCUCCAAUGAAUAGGCCUAUAAACAUUUAAUCCAAUUUAGAUUAGGAAGUAUGCCAGCCAUACAUUUUCCCACAAUUACUAUUUCAAAAUCUUGUAGCUUUUCUCUUAUGAUUUUGGGCCAAUUUUGACUCCCCCCUUGACAAAAGCUGACUAAAAGUUACAUAUUUAUUCAAUCUACGAUCUUUUUUAAAUUCAUCAUGCAAGUCUGUACAUUUAAAUGUCCAAAAUAUUUACAUUACUCAUUAGGACAAGCCAUUAUAUUGUGCCUACCUUAAGCCCACCCCAGGCCUUGACUGCUAGUAUCUGGUGAUCCGUAUCUGCUAGAUACACUGUCUGUAGAGUGCUCACACCACCACUGGAAUAAAGGGUAACGUAAGUGAGGAUCAACUUUGACAAAAGGAUUGGUAUAGAUAUGGUGAACUUAAUUCAACAAUGUUUUUUUCUUGUAAACCAAUUAUUGAAAACAUUCUGUAAAAAACAUGGUCCUUUAUGUAAUGUUCACUGAUUGACAACAAUUUAAUGCGAAAAUUAUUAAUAUAUAUUUUACU